UUGUAAAGUUGUUUACCUUCAUCCUUCACGCCGAACAUGGAGCCCUCACCGUUGAAGGGUCGCCUACCAUUAAUGCCCAUUCCCAUUCCUCUCGCUUGCUGCUAUAUAUUUCCUUCCUCGUUCUUGUUCCCUUCCAAUCCGAAGAGCUAUAUCAGCCAGUCAAGAUGAAGCUGCUGGGUUGGAUGCAUCGGAAGUUCCGGCAGAACGGCGGCGAGGAGUUGAAGGACUCGGGAGGCGCGGCCGGCGGCACUUGUAAUCGCCACUCCGGACGUCCGUCACUGGACCUCGACCUCAACCGCCGCCGCUUCCAUUAUGACCCUUUGAAGGCGAGAAGUCUUCGCCUCCACGUUGAGGCUCUCGAUGACUGCGGCGGCGGCGGCGGCGGCGGGGAGGAUCCGAUUGUGGAGGAGUUUUUCGAGGGACUGCUCACUAUCGGAACCCUGGGAGUAGGGACGGGGCCGAUCGAGGAGAAGAGGGAGGAAGAGGAGAUGGAGGAGUUGGCGGUGACCGAGCGGGUCGACGGCAAGCCUUUGCUUGCCGCGCCGGAGGAGGUCGCGGUCGUCGCGAUCCCUGCGGCUCUGGAGGCCAUUGCGGAGAAGGAGGCGGAGGCGACGACGGAGACGGACCUGAUCAUGGUGAGCGAGGAACUGGAGAAGGUGCUGACGGCGGAGGAAGAGAAGGCCGGAGGCCGGAUGUCCUCCGCUCGCUCGAGCCACGCCGGCGCGGCGGCGUGUCCGCUCCAGGGGUUCCUCUUCGGUUUACCCGUCGAGGCGGCGGAGACGGUGCUGAUGGAGGCGGAGGCCGCUGGUGGCUCGCGGAAGGAAAGGCGGGCCUCCCUGGGGGAGCUGUUCAUGAUGAGCCGGAUCACCGAGGAAGGGGAAGCCAAGUUCGCCGGAGGCGACGACGGGGAAGGCAAGCUGACCGCGCCUGAGAUGUGUUUGACCAAGAAAAAGCCGACGAAGCAGCGGGGAAGGAAAGGAUCGCCGGUCGACGGCGCUAAUGCAUUUAACGGCUCGACCAUGGAGAAGAAGUUUCAAAAGAUCCUUCAAUUGUUCCACAAAAAAGUGCACCCCGAGAGCUCCAUCAUGUCUAAGAAACCUUCAAAGAGUGCCCGUAAAACUGAGAAAAUCUCCACUUCAAAGGCGACGAUCAGGAAAGAAAACAGUUCCAUCUCCAACUUCUCCAAUGCUCCAUCAUCGGCUUCGAGUGGCAAGAACAACAGAGGGCACUGGAUCAAGACAGAUGCAGAAUGUAAGUAUAUACACAAAUCCAUGCGAGUAUUAAUUCUUCUGAUUCUGCCAUUGAUGCAGUGCUAGUUUACUAUGAGCUUCCAGAUUUGGUGCUGGAGCUGUAGAAGAAAGGAUCAGUCUAUGAAGUGAGUGUGAGGUAUUUUGAUGGGAUUAAUAAAUUAUGCAUGUGGAUCACUUAGCUUGUUUACAACUAAAGUUUACUCUUCUGUAUCAUGUUUGAAUGUGGCCUGAAUAAACUAGUGCUUGCUUUAUUUA